UAAAUUUCCUGUCUUGAUCUCUCCAGUCCCCCUGCAGCCCAACCAACAUGUGUACCCAAAGAAAAGACAGCUUUCUCUGGGGAAAAGCCCCUUCUGACCCAGGUAUCAGUUCACAGGAGAAGAUGCAGACUGAGACUGUCAAAAUUCCUAAGAGUGAUCUUUUAGAUGAUAUUCAGAAGCUGCGACUGGAGAUAGAGAAUGUGAUGACAGAGAUCCAGACCAUGGAGUCAGAUGAGGAGAAUAAAAGCGCUUUGAGGACCAAGAGGUUCCUGUGCGGAAAAAAGAAAUUCAACAUGGACCCAAAGAAGGGCAUGCAGUACCUGGUUGACAAUGACCUUCUGGAGUGGACACCAGAAGCUGUGGCUGAGUUCCUUUAUAAGGAGGAGGGGCUAAACAAGACUGCCAUUGGAGAUUUUCUUGGCGAGAGGGAGGAGAUGCACCUGCAGAUACUGAAAGCCUUUUUGGAUCUGCAGGAGUUUUCUGACCUUAACCUGGUGCAGGCUUUACGGCAGUUUCUGUGGAGUUUUCGUCUCCCGGGUGAAGCCCAGAAGAUCGAUCGCAUGAUGGAGGCUUUUGCAAGUCGUUAUUGUAACUGUAAUCCAGACGUCUUCCAGUCCACAGACACGUGUUACAUUCUGUCUUUCUCCAUCAUCAUGCUGAACACAAGUCUGCACAACCCCAACGUGAAGGAGAAGAUGACACUGGAGCGCUUCAUCACUAUGAACAGAGGAAUAAACAGUGGAGGAGAUCUGUCCAAUGAACUGCUCACGAAACUUUAUGAGAGCAUUAAGAACGAACCCUUUAAAAUCCCAGAGGAUGAUGGGAACGAUGUCACUCACACGUUCUUUAAUCCGGACCGGGAGGGAUGGCUCCUCAAAGAGGGGGGCAGAGUGAAGACGUGGAAGAGAAGAUGGUUCAUUUUGACAGACAACUGUCUGUACUAUUUUCAGUACACCACAGAUAAGGAGCCCAAAGGGAUCAUUCCUCUGGAGAAUCUGAAUGUUAGAGCUGUUAAUGAUCAACAAAAACAGUUCUGUCUAGAGCUGUAUAACCCUCAAAGUAAGGGCCAGAAGAUUAAGGCGUGUAAGAUGGAGACCGAUGGACGAGUGGUAGAGGGAAAACACGAGAUUUACCGCAUCAGUGCUGCUUCUGAAGAGGAACGACAGGACUGGAUCCAGUCCAUCAGAGCAAGCAUCACCAAAGACUCUUUCUUUGAUCUGGUUUCAGUGCGCAGAAAAAGACUCAUGAACAACGCAGACCCUUCAUGUGAGUGA